CCACUGAAAACACUCAGCUGGAUUCAGACAUGCACAGAAAACACAUAAUGGGUCACCAGUUCAACCCAGCAGUGUUUGAAAGCCACAAAGUAACAAAGAGAUCAGCAGUGGGUGGAGCAAACAUGUGAGUCGACAAACUACUUUCACUUCUCCACACAUGGAGCCACAGCAGAGACAGUCUGGACUCUUCUGAGGAUUUCUACUGAUGUGAGUAAAACUGAUGCCGGCAGCUGGAUGAGGACAGGACUCACUGAGGGGGAUUUACCAGAAACACAGCAGCUGCUUUACUCACUCAGGAAACAGGAAACCAGAGGAGGGUCCAGCUUCAACCUUGUUGAGCAGGAAGAGAAACUCUUCAAACUCUGGCUGUUGUUGAGAGGAGAAAAUGGCUCAGAGAGGAUCUCAGCUGGAUCCACUAAAGUUCUCUUGCUCCAUCUGUCUGGAUCUCCUGAAGGAUCCGCUGACGGUUCCCUGUGGACACAGCUACUGCAGCAGCUGUAUUCAAAGCCACUGGGAUGAAGAGAAGAAGAAGGGAAUCUACAGCUGUCCUCAGUGCAGGAAGGAGUUCAGACAGAGACCUGACCUGGAGAAGAACCUCCUGUUAGCAGAGUUAGUGGAGGAUCUGAAGAAGACUGGACUCCAAGCUGCUGCAGCAGAGAGCAGAGACAAACUGCAGGACGUCCUGAGAGAGACGGAGACAAACGUCUCACUGAGAACCUCUGAAGAGGAGCUUUCACUGCUGCAGCCUCAGCCAGAGAGCAGAGCAGACUUCCUGCAGUAUUCGACUCAGAUCAUUCUGGAUGGAAACACUUUAAACAGCAGGCUGUCUUUGUCCAGCGGGGACAGAAAAGCCUCUUUAGUGCUGCUGCAUCAGCCGUAUUCUGAUCAUUCAGACAGAUUCAUCGGAACCUUUCAGGUUCUGGGCCGGCAGAGUCUGACUGGACGUCACUACUGGGAGGUGGAGUGGAUGGCGAGAGGAGUGGAUGUAGCAGUGACGUACAAGAACAUCAGCAAGGCGGACCAUGAAUAUGGGUUUGGAUGCAACGACAAAUCUUGGGGUUUAAUUUGUUACGACAAAACUUUCACAUUCCGCCACAAGAAGAUCAGAACUCCCCUCUCGGGUCCCCGCUCUCCCUCCUCCAGGGUGGGAGUGUACCUGGACCACAGAGCAGGGGUCCUGGCUUUCUACAGCGUCUCCAUGGCGACCAUGACUCUCCUCCACAGAGUCCACGUCGCCUUCACGCAGCCCGUCUACGCUGGAGUGAACAUUUAUCCCUGGGCCGUGCACUUCUGGAACCUGAGGAAAGGAACGUCUGUAGAGUUCCUGAAGCCUCAGUAGAGGACACACACACACACACACACACACACACACACACACACACACACACACACACACACACACACACACACACACACACACACACACUCUGAAAUGUCCACAGAUUGUGCUCAUGUUCGUGUCUCCUGACACACAAAUAGUUGUACUUUUACAAGGAUGAAAAAUGAUAGCACAUAAAACUGUGAUGAAUACAGCAGUGAGAACAGUGUUUAUGAGACAGGAGCCCGGAAAACUUAAUUUAAUGAGUAAUCAUGAAUGGUUCCUGAUUGACUGAUCAAAUCCUUGUCUUUAAUUCUUCCACUUUGCAAGUCAAAAAGACUAUUGAUGGUCCCAGAUUGACACUAAAUUUGCAGAAUGUCAUUAAAUCAGAACAAAGGUGUCUCAUCGUAAUUGUGCUGGAUUAUUUUGAUUAUGAAUUGAUCAAAUUGUUUUGUUUUAUAAUUUUUUGUACUGAGUUAUGGUUUUUAGAGUAAAGUGUACUUGAUUUAUUGAUUUGUUCACUGAG